AUGAUUUCAAUGUGGAGAACAGGCUUGGCAUAUUUGCGAUUGUCGAAUACACUCACAAGAGUCCAACAUCGUGGCUUGGGAACAGCAUCUUUCCUUCUUAACAAGUUGCUGAUGAAAAGUGUUGAACAUUCACCAGAACAGAAAAUGGUGAGCAUCACGUGGCAGAAUGGGACAUCAAACAGAUAUCCUUACAUCUAUCUACGAGACAACUGCCAGUGCACAGAAUGCUUCUUUGAAGAAUCUAGUCAACGCCUUCUUGAUAUUGUAAAGGAUGUGGACAUUAAUGUUCAACCGAACAAAGUUGAGAUUAGCGAUGACCAAAGUAAACUGUCAAUCAUUUGGCCUGAUGGUCAUAUCAGUCUUCUUGAUGCUGAGUGGCUUUUUCAAAAGCGUCUUUCAGAAGAAAAGGAAUCAGAAACUAAGAGCUGUGAAGAGGUGACAACAAGGAAAGUUACCCUUUGGGGUAGGGAAUUCAAAGAUCAUGUCCCUCAUAUGAAAUUUGAGGACAUUCUGAAUGAUGAGGAAGUACAAUUUAACUGGCUGAACAGUUUAUAUAGAUAUGGCAUUGCUCUUGUGACUGACACUCCUGUACAAGAAGGGCAACUAGAAAAACUGGGCAAUCUUGUGGGUUACUUGAGAAUGACAGCUUAUGGGUAAGCAAGGUUUAUGAUCACACAGUGUAUUUGUUCUUUGUUUUUGUCUUUUUCUAAAUCCGGGCGCCGAAAUAAUGCUAAAUCUGCUUUUCAAUACACUGUUAACAAUAACACCACAUAAUACGCAAAAAAGAAGAAGAAGAAAAGAAAGAACAAGGUAUGGACCUUUAAGACGAUAUUUGCGGUUGGUCACCCAUCCAGUUCUUAACCCCGACCAGCAGGGCUUAACUUGAGUGCCAUUACCAAACCGAGUUUCGCGAGGCUUAUUGCGAGAUACGUAUUUCUAGUAUUUCAGUCUUGAAUUUUAGAAGGACUCGUUGAAAAAUACUUGAAUUUUUUCACAAGUUGUUGAAUUUAGUCCUCAAUACUGAGGAUGUGGUAGAAAAGUGGAUACAAAAAAUGCCAUUUUGAUUUGGUUCAAAAACUGGAAGAAGGAAGCUGUUAUCCUGGGAUUAGCGUUGAACCACGAAACCUGGGCAACCCUAACCCUGAGCUGUCAUGUCUAAUAGAAAUGGACUGGGAGGGGUGGAUCUGGGGGGUUCUUGGGGCUUGUGUGAGCUUUCUCAGAUUCAUUUCCUCCUUCUUACCCUUAAUACACUUCCCCUCCUUACCCUAGAUACAGCGUCCGCAUCUUAUCCCAGAUACAUCUUUUGUCCUUGUCCAACUUAGGUACACUUCCCUUUUAAUUAAAAUUCUAGCCUGCGAACGGCAGAUGUUUCUCCUUGCUCAUCGCCGCUGAGGGACGUUUCACGAGGAGAAUCUUCCCAUUUUGAAUCCCUACUUACUCCAAAAAUCCGAAAAUGUUCGACCCCAUUCUAGUAAACUCUAUUGAAAAUGCGAACACAUUAUAGUCAAUCCAGUUGAGAAAAUGCGACCCCACAUCUUGUAAGGGAGUACCUCCCCGGAUUUUGACCCAAGAUACACUCCCAGUAAGACAUCCCUUUCUUUCUUCAGAUACACGAUGUUCCUAGCCCCUUCUUAACCCAAAUACCUUUCCCCUUAUUACCCUAGAUCUAUGUUCCCCUUGUUACCCCAGAAAUACUUCCCCUUCCUUACCCCACAUAAUCUUUCCAUUCCUUAACCCAAAUAUAUGUUCCUUGCCUCAAAUUCAAACUUUUUUUCUAUUUUUAAGGACAGAUCCAACCCAAUAAAAAAUCUUAGAUCCAUUGUGCCUUGUCAUUGUUCAGAAAUCCCUGAUAUGGUUUUGUGAAAUUAAUUUUUGCUGUUUUUCUUUUCCCAAGAAAGACAAUCUUGGUUUCUACACGUCUGAAGGCUAAUAGUGUUGCAUACACAAGCCAUACUUUGCCUCUUCACUCAGAUCUACCUUACUAUGAAUGCAAACCAGGGGUAAGCUAUAGAGAGCAUUGGACUAUAACAAGGCCCUAGCUGUUUGGGUAGCAUCAGAGCAAAUGAUGAAAAAUGACAUAAAGAUGGGUUGAUUAGCUGCAGCAGUGAGAAGGAUAAUCACAUAUAUAAUAUUAAAUGUCGAUGAGCUACAGGGACAUGGCUUCAGCUUGCUCCUGAAGUAAUACUAUAAUAGUUACUGUAUUAUUUUAAUGGUAUAUCCUUUUUGCACAUGUGCUACUUAUGAAAGGAAAGGCUAAAUUUUAAGAGGAUUACAAUUGUCAUGUCAUGCACUUCAUUAACUUCACUUUGUGGCAGGAUUAGCUCAGUUGUUAGAGCACUUGACUGCAGAGCGGAAGGCCACGGGGUUUCGAUUCCCAGGGCCGGACCAAUACUCAUGGUCUUAAAAUAAGUGAGAAAUGAAGGUACUCCCUUUGCCCUGCAAAUGACUAGACCUUCGCGUGGCUUGGAUGACCACGUAAAAUGGCCGUCCCAUCUCCCGUUGGAGAUGUAAAAAUAGUGUCCCCAAUUAGUACUUUCAUGCUAAAUACCUUGACACUCAAAUAAAGUGCUUUUUUUUAAACAUACAGAUACAACUCCUCUUUUGCUGGGAGCAAAUUCCAACUGAAGGGGGUGCAAACACACUGGUGGACUCAUUUCAUGUGGCUCAGCAACUAAAGAAAGAAGAUCCUCAUGCUUACAAUCUUCUUACCAAAACCCAUGUUCUUUUUCGCCAUAGUGGAGCAGAUAUACUUGGUGAAUAUGACUUUGAAGGUGCAAGGCCAUUGCUUGAGUAAGUUGGCUAUUUCAAACAUUUCAAUUUGCAUUUUAAAAAAGUUGAGAAAAAACCUGCCUUCAGCCAGUGGUUGUGGUAUACCUGUGGUAGACAAGAGACAGGACUGAUGUACAUUGUACCUCAAUGAAAAGGCUUUCACAGCUAGUACUUGAAAAGUCCUGUUAGAAGGUGGAAAAGAAUGAGCGCUUACCUCCCUCUAGGGGGUACUUGAUGGAAGUUUGAUGCUGUGGGUAGAGGUGUGCUGCUGAGGCCUUCAAACCUUGCCCCUGUUUGAAACAAAUAUUGCUCACUCACCUUCACCAACCUUCAUACUCUUUUUAAGACUUCCAGUCUGAAAAUACACCCUGUUCAAGACACUAAAUAGUGAAAUUGUAUACCCUGUUUAAGACUCUGGACUCUUAAAACCAUAUCUUAUUCAGCGUCACAUACCCAUAUAGGCCAAAUAAGUGAGUUAAGCCUCCCCUCCUGGGCUUAUCCUCUGUAAGAGAGAGUUGUGGCAUGUUAACUAAACCAAUCAAUUCACCUCUUUAGGGUGGAUCACCAUGGCAGGUUAUUACGCUGCAAUCAUAAUGAGGGAACAAGACAGUGUUUUCUGGGCGUGCCAGCAAGCAAAACUCAAGAGAUGUAUGAAGCUUACUUCUCUUUAACCAAACGACUAAAAGAUCCAAGAAACAUGUUUGUUCACAAGUUGUCUCCAGGGGAGAUAGUUGUGUUUGAUAAUGAUCGUGUCCUCCAUGGACGCACAGGUUACACUCUGACAGAGAAUGUAGGUAGAUGUUUGGAAUCAGCGUAUAUUGAUUGGGACGUGGCGAGAUCCAAGUUGAAUGUACUGGGUAAGAAACUGAACAAGGGUCCAGUGACAAGAAUGGACAGCACUCUUAGUGUAACACACCCAUGGACUGCAGCAUAA